UCCCGCAAGGAGAUCGUUUGGGUGCGUUCAGUGUAGCUUGCUCUCUUCCAGUCAUAGCUAUUCACUUGUGGACUGAGAGGUUUAUGUGCAUAAUAUUUCUUAUGGGAAUCACUUCAGCUUGAUCAAGACCAAACAUCUGAUUCCUGGUUACUUCCUUACGCCUUCCAACAACGAAGACACGUAGAAAACGAAUGACAGAUGGCUGUAGAUAAGACCUGAGGACAGAACAUCCAAAAAAGGAGCAGAGAAAGUUUUCCAGGGAGGGAACAACAGACUUCAAGUGAUAUGUCUUUGAAUAAGAGAAAAAUGUUUAUUGAACACGUCAAAGGGUUUGCCAAAGACUUCAUCAAUCCUCGAUUACUUAUCCUGAAAUGUACUUACUUCUUUUUAUUAUCAGCUAUUGUGUUGAUAUAUCCGCAGUUAACAAUUCAUCAAAAAACCCUCGGGCUUGACGAAUACCAGACUGGUACAAUUGCCUCCGUUAUUUCGGUCUCCACCAUUUUCUUCCCAUUCAUUGGUGGCUUCGUUGGGGAUAAAGUUGGUAACUACAGAAUCCUGAUGGCUACUGUUUCUAUAAUAACAGGAGGGAUUGCCUUGUUUUUUCCAUGGGUUCCAUCAGCUAAAGCUGAGAUGCCGAUUUCGAAUUUCUCUGAUGCAACAUCAUCAAACUUUUCCUUUGAGGUCAAUAGCUCAUAUCAAGGCAACUCAACGAUCGAGAAUGAUGAUAAUCAGCUGGAAUGGACAUUUUGGAUAUACCUUUGCGUUCGCACUUCUUAUGGGAUAUUUAACGGAAUAACGUUCGUCUUCUUUGAUGCUGCUGUGAUGGCUAAUGCCCAAGAUUCAAAUGUCAACUUUGGCUACCAAAGGGCAUGGGGGACAGUGGGUGCCCUCAUCAGCUCUUAUGUGGGUGGGGUUAUUGUGGAACAGACAGGAAGCUUCAAUGAAAUUUUCUACGUCUCGACUGCACUGCAAGUAAUUGCGGGACUGUUAAUGCUUGGCGUUAAUAUUGACUUCAAGAUGCCUGCUAUCUCACUCACUAGAAAGAUUUUCCAGCUCUUGUUCAGGGCAGAGCCUCUCUUCCUCUUUGGGUCUUUGUUUGUGGCAGGGAUGUUUACAGGAUACUUUGAAACUUUUAUGUUCCGGUACCUGCAUGAAUUGGGAGCUAGUGAAGCGCUCCUUGGCCUGACAGUCACUGUAGGGGCACCCUUCGAGUUCAUUAUGACCCUGGUUACUUGCAAUUUUGCAAAGUCAUUUGGAUAUGUCCCUCUUAUAACGUUUGGUCUAGUGGCACAUGGAGUAGAGUUUCUUGGUUUCUGCUUUCUUCAAAACCCUUGGUGGGUUCUACCACUUGAGGCCAUAGGAUCUGCAGCAAAUGGAUUCCUCUUGACAGCAUCUAUGACGUACCUUUCAGUUCUGUUCCCUACAGAAACCAUUGCCUCCUUUAGAGGGCUCCACACAAUGGUACAUUAUGGCUUAGGUUAG